AUGCGGACACAGCUCAGCUCCGGCCCCACAAACCUCUCAUCUCGGACUUCGCCCUCCGGUGAAAGCUGCGGCUCGCCCCUGCGGUCCCCACCUGUUCGGAAGGACCCCGCGGAGCGCGCACCUACGCCCCGGGCCCCUUUCCUCCCCGGCUCAGACUUCCCUGCCGAGCACCCUGCUCUCCCUGGUCCAGGCCGGGCUGGCAACUCUUCUCCCAGCCUGGCGGUCGCCCCGCUUGGCUGGUCCCCAAGAGACUCUGCCUUCCCGCAGUGCCCCCGCCCACGAGCUUCCCGCCGAGGGGCCGGCCGGCCUCACCCCUCACCCGGGGACCCGAGGGCGGCGAGCCGGGCGCACGCGCGCCCCCCGCCCCUGCGCCCCUCCCCGCAGGCGGCGCGGCUUCCCGGGCAGCGCCUCCCCUCGCGGGGAGGGAGCCGGAGGGGCGCGGGACGCCGCGAGCAGACCUGCUCCGGCUGCGCGCCGCGCGGCUCUCCUCCGAGAGGGGCAGCAGUAGCCUCGGCGGCCGCAGCUCCUCCGGGGAACCGAGCACGCCUCUCCUGCGCCCCCAGGACCCGCCACCUGCUCCCCGCUUGCAGCUGA